GCCACUUUUGUUUUGUUUUAUAUCUGAGAACCAGCUGCUCCAGCGCAGUUUGAUACCGACGCCUUCCCUUAGCCUGUGUCAUUUUAUGCAGCCUGUCUAGACCGCUUUAUUAUUUUAGCAAACAAAGUGUCAACAUGGUUCAAGAUUGGUUCAUGAUUGGCAUCUAUUUAGCACACCUAGUUGUAUCCGGGUACCCUUGUGCUGCACCUGUUUUUGUUUAACUGGGAUAGGCGGGACCAAUAUCGGCUUUAAGCCAAACUCAGCCAACGUCCUCGACAGGGUAAGCUAGUGCGGUCCCAUUAGUGGCUAUGUGGUAGUUUAUGUGGGCUUAUUUGUUUUAAAUACAUAGGGCCACCGUUGUAAGCGGCUGUUUACACCUGUUGGUUGCGAUGGAAACCGUGCCAAUAGGCUGGACCGUGCACACCUGUGAGCAGGAGGGUGAUAAGCCAGGACCCUUGAAUGGAGAGGGCUUCGACACGCAGACCAGCACACAUUUCCAGGAUCUGUUUCAUGAGGAUGCACAGGGCUUCCAGCCGUCCAGUCAGCCAUGGUGGAGGAUCAAACUGUUUGUGUGGGAGCCAGUGCUCUUUAGUACCUGGGAUGGAGUUUUCACCACCUGCAUGAUCAACAUCUUCGGGGUGGUUCUGUUUCUACGCACCGGCUACCUGGUGGGAAACACAGGUGUGCUGCUUGGGAUGUUCCUGGUCUCCCUCGUUGUGCUGGUUGCUUUGGUGACUGUCAUGUCGGGGAUUGGAGUGUGUGAGCACUGUGGUGUUGGGAGUGGAGGAAUCUACUCCAUGAUCUCCAUGGUCCUGGGUGGACGGGUGGGGGGCACAGUGGGCCUCCUUUAUGUGUUUGGACAGUGUGUAGCUGGAGCUAUGUACAUCACAGGUUUCUCUGAGUCUGUAGCAGAGCUGCUGCAUCUACAGAGCCAGUGGGCGGUGCAGGGUAUGUCCGUUGUGGUGCUGCUGGCGCUGCUUGGAAUCAACCUGGCUGGUGUCAAAUGGAUUGUCCGGCUUCAGCUGCUGCUACUUGCUGUGCUUGCUAUCUCCACACUGGACUUUGUCAUUGGCACUUUCAGUCACCUUGAUCCAGAACAUGGCUUCGUUGGUUAUUCGGCCGACCUGCUCAUCAGUAACACGAUGCCAGAUUACACCCCCGGAGAAAACUUCUUCACAGUCUUUGGAGUUUUUUUCCCUGCUGCUACAGGGGUUAUGGCAGGCUUCAACAUGAGCCCAGAUCUUCAGCAGCCUGAAAACAACAUCCCUGUGGGAACACUGGCAGCUGUCUUCACCUCGUGGUUCCUGUAUCUGGUCUUUGUCUUCCUCUUGGGGGCCAUCUGCACCAGAGAAGCUUUGCGCUAUGACUUCUUGAUAGCUGAAAAGGUCUCCUUGGUGGGUUUCCUCUUUCUGCUGGGCCUCUACAUCUCCUCCCUGGCUUCCUGCAUGGGCGGCCUGUAUGGGGCACCCAGGAUCCUCCAGUGCAUUGCCCAGGAGAGGGUCAUCCCGACUCUGGCCUUUCUGGGACGAGGGAAAGGCCCAAACAGAACUCCAGUUGCAGCCAUUUGCCUGACCAGCCUCCUGACCAUGGCCUUCAUCUUCAUCGGCCGAGUCAACGUGCUGGCCCCCAUCGUCAGCAUCAACUUUAUGCUGACCUACAGCUUUAUCGACUACUCGUACUUCAGUGUGGCCAUGACCUUCAAACUACAGACUAAAGAGAAGAAAGACCCCCUCAUUCCUAAACAAAGAAGCAGGCGUAGGUCCACCAGGCAGAGCUCGAUGCCUCUGAUGGGAGCUUCUCUCCCAAAUUAUGGGAGUGGAGGUGAGAGCCUGCAGGGGAAAGGCACUCUGUUGGAGUUCACCAAGGACAUGGAUCAGAUAUUUCCUGUGUCAAAUGUUGAUCCUGGGGCUGAGAAGACCCCCGUGAAAGAGCUGAACAGUAAAUCUAAGAACAGAAAGACUCCUGUCAGCACUAAACAGAAGCUUUUGGACAGUUUCGACUUAAACAGCAUUAUGUUCUCAGAUGAGAAAGAAGAAGAGUUAAGUUUAGCCAUUCCACUCGAGCAAGCAAAGGUUCUAGAUGGAGCCCAAGAGCCAAGGGCUGUGGUAGAACAAGAUGUCAAAUACAGCUCAAAAGUGAACCAUGUUGAACAGAAUUCUUCUUCUGGCCUUCACUGUCACACCACAGGUACAGGUGGGAGCACAGAACACCAGAUCAUUGAAAUUAAACCAAUGCAAGACUCAGUCUUUGCAAAGUUCUGCAACCACUGGGUGGCUCUUAUAGGGGCGUUUACCUCCAUAUUGAUUAUGUUUGUUAUUCAGUGGGUUUAUGCCUUAGCAAACAUAGUUAUUGCCAUGCUGCUCUUCCUCUACAUCGGUAAAACAAGUCCUGGACUACCAACAGGAGUAAAGGAUCUCAGCAGGAGGAGAUGGUGGUCACACCCUCUCUGUACGGGGUCGGCCUGAAAACCAAGCAGCUAACCCAGGAAAACGCUGACUUUGCCUCCCGUCAUCGCCAUCACCAAUCCUCAUUCAUCAUGGCAGACAAGUUGGUGCAACCCGCUCUCGACUGACUGAAAGUCUGCCUCUGUUACAAGUAACAGCCGCCAGCCUGUAGACACAUUUUCAGCCAAAGACUGUGCCUCGUGUUGUUAUUCAGCACAUGUAUUAUAUUUAACAAAUAUUUGUUUUAGAUUAAUCCUACUCCAUAAAGAAUAAGUGAUUGAAAGUA